GGGGGGGGGGUCUGCCAAGGAGGGGGGCCCGGAACGGGGCAUGUGGGGCCCCCUCUGACCGCGGCCGGGUGUUGGGGGGACCGCGCGCCCAGAUGGCCAAGUGGCUCCGGGACUAUCUGAGCUUUGGCGCUCGGAGGCCCCCUCCGCAGCCGCCCACCCCCGACUACACGGAGAGCGACAUCCUCAGGGCCUACCGGGAGCAGAAGGACCUGGACUUCGAGGACCCCUAUGAGGACGCGGACGGCCGCCCCGAGCCCGACCCCGGAGGCGCCGGCGACGCCAAGUACGACUCCCCGAAGCACCGGCUCAUUAAGGUGGAGGCGGCGGACGCGGCCAGAGCCAAGGUCCUAUUGGGCAGCCCCGGGGGCGAGUCAGAAGGUGACACCGAGUACUCGGACCCCUUCGAUGCCCAGCCCCACCCGCCACCCCCGGAUGACGGCUACAUGGAGCCCUACGAUGCCCAGUGGGUCGUGAGCGAACUGCCGUGCAGAGGGGUGCAGCUGUAUGACACUCCUUACGAGGAGCAGGACCGAGAGCCGGGGGACGGGCCUCCUUCCGGGCGGAGGCCUCGACAGAGCCGGCUGCCCCCGGAAGAUGAACGUCCCGCCGAUGAGUAUGACCAGCCCUGGGAGUGGAAGAAAGACCACAUCUCCAAGGCGUUCGCAGUGCAGUUCGACAGUCCGGAGUGGGAAAGGACCUCGGGCUCCGCCAAGGAGCUGCGGAGACCCCCGCCCAGAAGCCCCCAGCCCGCGGAGCGCGUGGACGCGGCCCUGCCCCUGGAGAAACAGCCGUGGUUUCACGGCCCCCUGAGCAGGGCGGAUGCCGAGAGCCUCCUGUCGCUCUGCAAGGAAGGCAGCUACCUGGUGCGGCUCAGCGAGACCAGCCCCCAGGACUGCUCCCUGUCCCUCAGGAGCAGCCAGGGCUUUCUGCAUCUGAAGUUCGCGCGGACCCGAGAGAACCAGUUUGUGCUGGGCCAGCACAGCGGUCCCUUCGCCAGCGUGUCGGAGCUGGUGCUCCAUUACAGCUCCCGUCCCCUGCCCGUGCAGGGCGCGGAGCAUCUGGCCCUGCUGUACCCGGUGGGCACACAGACCCCCUGACCGGGAGCCUCAGCCCCUGGCCCUGGGCGGUGAGGGCCCAGAACCACCGGCUGCAAACACUGGAGGUCUUUCUACUCCUGGAGGAGGCCAUACGGCGGGACCCCCUACCCCUCCCAUCCCUGAGUCUUCAUCAGAACCCCCGUCUCAGCCCCCUUCUGGGUCCAGGGCCCAGAGUUGUGUCUCGAAGGCCCCCCCUGGUGUAGAAAAUAAAUAAGUUAUUGUGUG